UCUCAAGAAGAGUUGAUUCGAUCAGUGUUUUCAAAUGAGAAAUGAGCUGGAGUUUAGAAAAGGGUUAAACACACAGCAUGAAACCACUUCCUGGACUGAGUCAAAGCCUGAUGCCCCUCCCUCUUCUUCCUGCUCUCAAACACAGCCAGCUCCACUCUGUUCAUGUGUUUCCUUGUUCCCUCCCUUCAGAUCUACAGUUUGAAGAUGGGUGGAACCAACAUGUGGUGAAGUGCGAGAGCUGACAGGCCCCGUUCACUGCAGAGACACAUGUUGUUGAGAUCAGAGCUCAAACUAGUUUCAGUUCUGAGGAAGUGAAACUCAGACACUCGUUGUCACCGAGAGCUGAAAUGGCGCAGAAAGGAGAUCAGCUGGACCGGGAGACCUUCUCUUGUUCCAUCUGUCUGGAUCUACUGAAGGAUCCGGUGACUCUUCCCUGUGGACACAGCUACUGCAUGAACUGUAUUAAAAGCUUCUGGGAUGAAGAGGAUGAGAAGAGAAUCCACAGCUGCCCUCAGUGUAGGCAGACCUUCACACCGAGGCCUGUCCUGGUGAAAAACACCAUGUUAGCAGCUUUAGUGGAGCAGCUGAAGAAGACUGGACUCCAAGCUGCUGCUGCUGAUCACUGCUAUGCUGGACCUGAAGACGUGGCCUGUGAUGUCUGCACUGGGAGGAAACUGAAAGCUGUUAAAUCCUGUCUGGUUUGUCUGGUCUCUUACUGUGAGAAUCACCUGCAGCGUCAUUAUGAUGUAGCUCAGCUAAAGAAACACAAGCUGGUGGAGCCCUCCGAGAAGCUCCAGGAGAACAUCUGCUCUCGUCACGAUGAGGUGAUGAAGAUGUUCUGCCGCAGCGAUCAGCAGUGUAUCUGUUAUCUCUGCUCUGUGGAUGAACAUAAAGGCCACGACACAGUCUCAGCUGCAGCAGAAAGGACUGAGAGGCAGAGAGAGCUCCAGCUGAGGCGACAAGAGAUCCAGCAGAGAAUCCAGGACAGAGAGAAAGAUGUGAAGCUGCUUCGACAGGAGGUGGAGGCUAUCGACGGCUCUGCUGAUGAAGCGGUGGAGGACAGUGAGAAGACCUUCACCGAGCUGAUCCGUCUCAUGGAGAAAAGACGCUCUGAUGUGAAGCAGCAGAUCAGAUCCCAGCAGGAAACUGAAGCCGGUCGAGUCAAAGAGCUUCAGGAGAAGCUGCAGCAGGAGAUCGCUGAGCUGAAGAGGAAAGACGCUGAGCUGAAGCAGCUCUCACACACAGAGGAUCACAGCCACUUUCUACGCAACUACCCCUCACUGUCACGACUCAGUGACUCUACAGACUCGUCCGCCAUCGAUGUCCGUCCUCUGAGAUACUUUGAGGACGUGACAGCAGCUGUGUCACAGCUCAGAGAGAAACUACAGGACGUUCUGACAGAGACAUGGACAAACAUCUCACUGACACUGACUGAAGUGGAUGUUUUACUGUCACAACCAGAGCCCAAGACCAGAGCUGACUUCUUAAAAUAUUCACAGGAAAUCACACUGGAUCCAAACACAGCACAUACAGAUCUGUUAUUAUCUGAGGGAAACAGAAAAGCAACAUGGAGACAACAACAGUCUUAUCCUGAUCAUCCAGACAGAUUCACUUCAUAUCCUCAGGUCCUGAGUAGAGAGAGUCUGACUGGACGUUGUUACUGGGAGGUGGAGAGGAGAGGAGGAAGAGUUUCUGUAUCAGUCUCAUACAAGAAUAUCAGCAGAGCAGGGAGGGAAAGUUUUUUUGGAAACAAUGACAAAUCUUGGUCGUUAGAUUGUUUUCAAAACAGUUCAUCAUUUAGGUUCAACAGCAUCAGAACUCCAGUCUCAGGUCCUCGGUCCUCCAGAGUAGGAGUGUACCUGGAUCACACAGCAGGUGUUCUGUCCUUCUACAGCGUCUCUGAAACCAUGACUCUCCUCCACAGAGUCCAGACCACAUUCACUCAGCCUCUCUAUGCUGGACUCAGGCUUUACUGGGAUGGAGUCACAGCUGAGUUUUAUAAGCUCACAUAGAUAAAAGUCCAGAUUUGUAUUUCAUUCCUAAAGUUAUUGUGUCUCCAUCAUUGUUGCUAAAAGCUGGUUGUUGUGUUUUGUUUGUUGAAUCCUGAUGUUUUAUUACAGGUGAGAUCAGCUCCAUCUAAGUCCUUAAAAUGAGUCUCAUCUUCAGCAGCUGCAACAUGAAAGUUGUUGACACAUUAAAACAUCAAUAAUCACAAUCCAGUCGUAUGAUUUACAUUAUUCUGACAUGAGACUUUUACUUUGAUACUCCACCUGUUUUCAUGUUAAUACUUUUGUGCUUUUACUGAAAGAAAAUGUCGCCUGUGACUUUUACUUGUAUCAGAGUAUUUCUCCUCUGUGUGAUCAACGUCUUUACCUUCAAUAAAGAGUAAAAACAAUGAA